UUAUUUCAGGUGCUUAUAUAGCUCCAGGGGCGGACUGACCAUUUGGAAACUCAGGCACUGCCCGAGGGCCCGGGGUCAGUAGGGGGCCCAAUGAGAUGCCCCUGGUACCUUUUUCAUAGGCUUUUUUGAGUUUGGGCAAGGACACAGGGGCCCCAUGAUCCCCUAUUGCCCGGGGCCCCAUGAGUUGUCAGUUCGCCCCUGUAUAGCUCUGCAGAGUGAUGUCAUGCUGGUCCCACCAAGUGACCAUCUUGCUGCUCUAUUCAGGCUGCCACUUACUGUC